GGGCUCUGUGCGCCCCCACGUCGAGGCCUAGCUCGUGCGUCCGCCGCCGGGGACCCCCAGGAUCGCAACGCGCGAACCGGGCCGCGCCGGCCAAAGGAGACGGCGGCGCAGCCGGAGGAGCAGGAUGUCCUUCCAGGGCAAGAAGAGCAUCCCCCGGAUCACGAGUGACCGCCUUCUGAUCAGAGGCGGGAGGAUCGUGAAUGAUGACCAGUCCUUUUACGCUGACCUGUAUGUGGAGGACGGUUUGAUAAAACAAAUUGGAGAAAACCUCAUUAUCCCUGGGGGCAUGAGAACUAUUGACGCUCACGGCCUGAUGGUCCUGCCGGGCGGAGUGGACGUCCACACAAGGCUGCAGAUGCCCGUCCUAGGCAUGACCCCGGCCGAUGACUUCUGCCAGGGGACCAAGGCCGCCCUGGCAGGAGGGACCACCAUGAUAUUGGACCACGUGUUCCCCGACACGGGUGUGAGCCUGCUGGCAGCCUACGAGCAGUGGCGGGAGAGAGCGGACCGUGGAGCCUGCUGCGACUACUCCCUGCACGUGGACAUCCCCCGCUGGCACGAGAGCACCAGGGAGGAGCUGGAGGCCCUGGUGAAGGACAAGGGUGUGAAUUCCUUCCUGGUCUUCAUGGCAUACAAGGACAGGUACCAGUGCACGGACGGCCAGAUGUACGAGAUCUUCAGUGUCAUCCGGGACCUGGGAGCCGUGGCCCAAGUGCACGCAGAGAACGGCGACAUCGUGGACGAGGAGCAGAAGCGGCUGCUGGAACUCGGCAUCACCGGCCCCGAGGGCCAUGUGCUCAGCCGCCCAGAGGAGGUGGAGGCUGAGGCCGUGUACCGCGCUGUCACUGUAGCCAAGCAGGCCAACUGUCCCCUGUACGUCACCAAGGUGAUGAGCAAGGCUGCGGCCGACGUGAUCGCCCAAGCCAAGCGCAGAGGGGUGGUCGUGGUCGGGGAGCCCAUCACCGCCAGCCUGGGCACCGACGGCUCCCACUACUGGGGCAAGAACUGGGCCAAGGCCGCAGCCUUCGUCACGUCGCCCCCCCUCAGCCCGGACCCCAGCACUGCAGACCACCUCGCCUCCCUGCUGUCCAGCGGGGACCUCCAGGUGACCGGCAGUGCCCACUGCACCUUCACCACCGCCCAGAAGGCCGUCGGCAGGGACAACUUCACGCUCAUCCCCGAGGGCACCAACGGCGUGGAGGAGCGCUUGUCUGUGGUCUGGGAGAAAUGCGUGGCCUCAGGGAAGAUGGACGAGAAUGAGUUUGUUGCUGUGACCAGUACAAAUGCAGCCAAAAUCUUCAAUGUUUACCCAAGGAAGGGGCGGGUGGCCGUAGGCGCCGACGCCGACCUGGUCAUAUGGAACCCCAAGGCCACGAAAGUCAUCUCUGCCCAGAGCCACCACCUGAACGUGGAGUACAACAUUUUCGAAGGCGUCGAGUGCCGAGGAGCCCCCAUGGUGGUCAUAAGUCAGGGCAGGGUCGUGCUGGAGGACGGGGCCCUGUUCGUCACCCCCGGGGCUGGCCGCUUUAUUCCACGAAAGACCUUCCCCGACUUCGUCUACAAGAGGAUAAAGGCUCGCAACAGGCUGGCAGAGAUCCACGGUGUGCCCCGAGGCCUGUACGACGGGCUGGUCCACGAGGUGAUGGUGCCUACCAAGCCAGGGGCCGGUGUGCAGGCCCGUGUGUCCUGCCCGGGGAAGAUCUCAGUCCCACCCGUUCGCAACCUGCACCAGUCGGGGUUCAGUCUGUCUGGCUCUCAGGCCGAUGACCAUAUCGCCAGGCGCACUGCUCAGAAGAUCAUGGCACCACCUGGCGGCCGCUCCAACAUCACAUCCCUGUCCUAG